GAAAGAAACACACUACUAUAGACUUAUAUUGCCUGAAAAACACAUAUUAUGACAGAAACAUCACAUAGUACUUUCUCUUUUCCCCAUCUUUCUCUCUGGCCCUAAGAAAGCCCAUAAUCUCCAUCCUAUUUUCCAUUGUCAAGUGCCAAAAAAAGCCUCCUUAUUUUCCCUUUGAUGAUCAAUGCUAGAAAAAACACAAGAAUCUACACUCUUCAGAUGGGCUCACUUCUUUAUCUAUAUUUGAUAUUACUUCCAUUGGCAUUCACCGCGACCCUUUCAAGUCAAGAACAAGGCAUAAAAUCAGCCCGACUUCUUGAUCUAGUCCUCAGAGACUACACGUUUCGAUCUUACAACAAAAACAACUUCAGAACAGCAAAAUUGUAUGCGAUACAUUUACCAGCCAACCUCUCAGGGAUCAGAGUCGAUUCAGUUAGAUAUCGAUGUGGCAGUUUAACAAGAUAUGGUGCCAAAAUCAAAGAAUUCAAAUUACCUAUUGGGGUAAGUAUCCAACAUUGUGUUGAAAGAGUUCUCAUACUUAGACAAAAUCUUGGAUCCAAUUGGUCUUCUAUAUACUAUGACAAUUAUGAAUUAUCAGGUUAUCAACUUAUUUCACCUGUUUUAGGCCUAUUAGCAUACAAUGCUGGUGAUGAUAUGGUAACUUCUACAACCCCUUUUGAGCUUAUAAUUCAAUCUGAUAAAAUUCCAAUCACAAUUGAUUUUAGCAAUACAACAAGACUAGUAAAUGAUACUAGUACAUCUGGGAUAAUACCAUUAUGUGCUAGCUUUGAGCGCGACGGAAAGGUGACACUAACAAAACAAGUGUCACAAAAUGUUUGUGCUGCUAAAAAACAAGGACAUUUUGGUUUAGUAAUUGAGUCACCUCUAAUGCCAUUGAAAAAUAAAAGGGCAAGUAAUUGGAAAUUAGCUAUUGGGAGCGCGAUUGGAGCUGCGUUGGGCGCGUUCCUUUUAGGUUUGCUACUGAUUGCAAUAUUUGUGAAGGUGAAGAAGAAAGCAAGAAUGGAGGAAUUGGUUAGAAGAGCAUAUGAAGAAGAAGCUUUACAAGUUUCUAUGGUUGGACAUGUGAGAGCUCCAACUGCAGCUGGUACUAGGACUGUUCCAACUAUUGAACAUGACUAUAAUCCUCAUAAUUCUUGAAUUAAAUUUUAGAUAUUUUCUUGUUUUGUGGAUCAUUCUUUUUGUAAGCUGAACAUCUUUUUGAAGUUUUCUGUACUGAUACAAUUGUGCUUAGGCCAGGAAGAUAUAGAUUAAAUGCUGACCAUUAAUUUUUUCUCUCUGUUCUG